AUGGCCUCAUCCAUCCUGGUGAUGAUAAAAGAAGAAGUAACCUGUCCUAUCUGUCUGGAACUCCUGAAAGAGCCCAUGAGUGCAGGCUGUGACCACAGCUUCUGCCGAGCCUGCAUCACACUCAACUAUGAGUCCAGCAAAGACAAAGAAGGGGAGGGCAGCUGCCCUGUGUGCAGAGUUAGCUACGAAUUUGGGAAGCUGAGGCCUAAUCGCCAUGUGGCCAACAUAGUGGAGAGGCUCAGUGGGUUCCAGUGCGACUCAGAGGAGCAGAAGGUGAUUGUCUGUGCACAACACGGAGAGAAGCUGCAGCUCUUUUGUAAGGUGGACAUGGUGGCCAUCUGCUGGCUCUGUGAGCGAUCUCAGGAGCACCGUGGUCACCAUACAGCUCUCCUUGAGGAGGUGGCCCAUGAGUACACGGAGAAGCUGCAAGCAGCUCUGCAGAAGCUGAUGAAAAACGAAAAAAUGUGCGAUGAAUGGCAAAAUGACCUUCAAAAGGAGAGAACUUCCUGGGAGAACCAAAUACAGAGCGAUGUAGAAAAUAUUCAGAUGGAGUUUAAAGAACUGAGAGACUUCCUGGACUCCAAGGAGGAGGAGGAGCUGAUGGAGCUGGAGAAAGAGAAGGAAGAUAUCAUGAAAAGCCUGGAAGAGUCUGAAAAUAAGCUGUCAACUCAGAGGGAGUCAGUGAGAGAGCUCAUCUCAGAGGUGGAGCAUCAGUUGCAGGGCUCAGCCAUGGAAAUGCUGCAGGGUGUGACUUCUGUCCUAACAAGGAGUCAGAUAUUGAUACUGAAAGAGCCCCGAACGAUACCAAAAAGAAGAAUGUUCCAAGCUCCAGAGCUGAAAGACAUGAUGCAAUUAUUUCAAGGGCUCAUGGAUGUCCAGCGCUACUGGGUUCAUGUGGGACUAAAUCGAAAAAACAAAGAAAACGUUUUCACUGACAAAGAGCAAAUACAAAUACAAAGUGCCAAUCAUUAUGAAAGCAAAGACGUGGGUGUCCUGGGAUAUCCAGCUAUCCAGUCAGGGAAACAUUACUGGGAAGUAGAUGUGUCUAGAAGUAAGGCCUGGCUCCUGGGACUAAAUGAUGGACAAUGUGCUAAGCCUAAAGCUCUUCAUUCAUCCAAUGGAAUGGGCAUCAAGGUCAAACAGAGUGUUCCUCUCAUAGAAGACGUAUGUUAUCAGCCUAAAUGUGGCUACUGGAUUAUAGGGAUGAAAAAUAAGGAUGUAUAUAAUGCCUUUGACGAGUGUUCUGUCACCCACAAACCCAGUGUCUUGGCCCUCUCUCUGCCUAUUCCUCCCACUCGUGUUGGAGUUUUCCUGGACCGUGAAGCAUGCACUCUCUCAUUUUAUGAUGUUUCCAACCAUAGAGCUCUCAUCUAUAGAUUCUAUGACCUUUCCUUCCCUGAUAAACUUUAUCCAUAUUUUAAUCCUAUGGGAUCUGAAGAGCCAAUGAUAGUACACGGGCCACCCUCCUAAACCCUCACCUAUAUCUGUGCAGUGUUCCCAUGCCUGGUGUAUCUCAUAUGCCCGAGUUCUCUGGCAUCGUUUAAAGUUUUCUGUCUUUGUCCUUCCAUUUGAAUGACCUUCACUUCUAAAUACAAAGCAGUAUGGAUGCAUUUCCUGGAUCCAGUUGCUUU